AUGUUAUUUUUCUUGAGCUUUCGAUGUUUAUUAAUAUAUAUUAUACUUGUACAAUCAAACAUAGAUAAUAUUAUAUCGAUUUGGCCAUCAUCGAAUUCAUCUGAUAUUCAUUUACUCGGCUUGUUUUAUUAUACACCAAACGUAUCUGACCAUAGCCACUUAUCUAUUCAUGCUCGAGCUAUGUUUAUAUCGGCAGUACUACUUUCUAAUCAAUAUAAUAUAACUAUCGAUGGAAAAUUGAUUGGGUGGAAAGAAAGACUAACUAAUGGUGAUGUCAUCGACGUAUUGAGUGAUACAUGUCUUUCAGUAUCUCAAUCAAAUAUAGUUGGUAUUGUCGGUCCAGAAUUAUCAAGAGAAACUGUUUUAGUUAGUUCAUUUGGUAAAAAGCUUGGUUUACCUGUUAUAUCGUAUGCAGCAACCGAUCCUGAUUUAUCUGAUGUAACAACUUAUCCUAAUUUUUAUCGAACAGUUCCAUCAGAUAAUACAGCUGCAUCAGCUCUUCUGAAAUUAUUCAAUCGAUUCAAUUGGAAAUCAUGUCUAAUUAUUUAUCAAAAUGAUGCAUUUGGAACUGGUGGAGCGAAAGCUAUUAAUGACCUAUUUAAUGUAAGUGGUAUAAGAGUAGCACAAAUGAUUGUUUAUGAUAUUGCUAAAAAAAGUAUUCGUGGUGAUAUGAUGACUUAUCUAAUGAAUAGCCCAUCACGAAUUGUUAUUUUAUGGGCUGAAUCAAUUUAUACAUCGUUAAUAUUGAAAGAUGCCCUCGAUUCUAAUCUUGUUGGUCCUUCUUUUACAUGGAUAAUUAAUUCAAGGAUUUCAUUUGAUUCUUUUGAUAAAAAAUAUCAUAAAAAUUUAAUUGGAAUGCUUUUAAUUGAACCAGUUGUUGGAUCAGUUGUUAAUGCACCAUAUAAUAUUGAAUUAUUACAUGCAGCAUAUAAUAUAUGGCAAAAAUAUGAAAAUGAAACAUAUCCUGGAUCGUCAAAUGUUGAUUAUUAUGCAUUAUUUGCAUUUGAUGCAACAUGGGCAUUAAUUAAAUCGUUAGAAAAAUUAUGUUCAUCAAAAAUAAAUAAUUCUUCUUCAUGUUUAUCAUUUCAUUCAUCUUCGUUCUGUUUUAAUUCUCGUUUCAAUCAAUAUGAUUCAUUGUUAUCAGUACUUGCUAGAACAAAUUUUCUUGGUGUAUCUGGUUCUGUAGAAUUUAGUGAGAAUGUAACAGAUCGAAUAAGUGGUUCAUAUUAUUCUUUAAAAAAUGUUCAACUAUUUGUAGAUGGUUUGAAUUUUGUAUCUGUAUUAGAAUAUUUUGAUCCUGGUAACUGGAGAGCACCUAUAACAGAAAAUGUUAUUAUAUGGCCAGGAAAUUCCCUAACACAACCUGCUGAUCGAGCAAUUCUUCGAGGUGUAAGUUUACGAAUUGGAAUAAUGCUAGCAGUUCCAUUUACAUUGGCUCAGAACGUAACAGAUGGUAAUGGAAACACUACAACACAAUAUAUUGGUUAUAUACCAGAUCUUAUUCAGCUUUUGACAGAUAAAAUUGGUUUUAAUGCAAGUCUUAUAUUAGUACCAUCAAAUCAAACAUAUACGCAAAAUAUUCAAUUAGUAAAUAAUGGUUUUUUUGAUAUUAUCGUUGGUGAUGUUACUGUUACUGCUGCAAGAAGAGAAACAGUUAGUUUUUCUCAUGCUAUAUUUGAUAAUUCUUUAUGUCUUAUGGUGAUGAAAACACCCGAUGCUACACUUGAUCUACUUGGAUUCUUAAAACCAUUUUCAAGUAAAUUAUGGGUAUUAGCUCUAGGUACUUGUAUUUAUGCUGGUAUUUUAUUGUGUUUAAUAGAAAGAGCAGAUAAUGAAGACUUACGAAAUCGAUCAUUUAUAUCUCAAUUAACAAUGAGCAUAUGGUAUUCUUUUGGUAACAUAGUUGGAUACGGUGUAGAGUUUAACACAAGUACAGCUGGUGGACGCUUUUUAACUGCUGGUUUAUAUGUAUUAGGUUUAAUAUUAGUAGCAUCAUAUACUGCUAAUUUGGCAUCAGAUCUGACUAUAGCGAAAACACAAUUUGUCGUAUCAGGACUGGAUGAUAUUAAAAAUGGCAAAGUACCAAUGAAUCGUAUCGGUAUUCGCGUCGGUACAGCUAGUGAAGAUUAUUUUAAAAUAGAAAUAUCUAAAGGAAAUCAAAAUUAUUAUCCUUUAAAAACUCGACAACAAUUAUACGAUAGUCUACUUGCCGGCAUUAUUGAUGUUGCCCUUUCAGAUACAGGAGGUGCUGAAUAUGCCGUCAAUAAUAUUUAUUGUAAUUUAACUAUCGUUGGCGAACGUUUUGCUACAAGUGAUUUUGCUAUUGUUACUCCUAAACAGUGGAUAUAUGCACAAGACUUAGAUGUUGGUAUAUUAUCAAUAAGAGAAUCAGGUCAACUUGAUAAUUUGAGACAAAAAUGGUUUCUAGAAGAAAAAUGCCCCCAUGACACAACGGUAUCAACAGCUAUUACAGUCGAAGCACUUGGUGGAUUAUUUGCUACUUUUGCAGUUAUUACUUUAAUAACAGUAUUAUUGUAUUUAUGGACUAAAAGACGUAAUAUUAAAAAUUAUUUAUCAAAGUGUAUACAUAAAAAGGAAUCAUUAACCAAAGCAAAAAACUACACGAAAAGAAAUUCAAACGAAAAUUCUGAACAUGUACAAAAUGACGAAAAAGUCUCGCUGGAUAUUUUAUACUUUUAA